AUGGCCGCCAUCAGACUACGAGAAUUUAUAGAGCGUCGUCCAGUGAUCCCACCUAGUAUAUUUGUUGCUCACCAAGGAAAGGACCUCCAAGGCUGGUACCCUGGACAGCUGGCAAGAUUUCAUCUUGAUCACAGAGCAAAGAGAACUCCCCGACCACUCAUAGACUUGGCAAUUCCAGCCCCGAGAAAAAGUGAAUAUCAGCCUCAGCUAGACCAACAGACGCUCAUUCGAUAUAUUUGUUUUCGAAGGCAUUCAAAGCCUGCAGAACCUUGGUACCAAGAAACCUCGUACCAAAGAGACUAUAGUCUGCCAUUUUACAAGAUUGACUGGGACCAGAAAUUAGCCACAAUUUCAUCGAAUCCUAGACCUCUGAAUUCGCUGCCGGAGUUAUACUGUUGA